UCCGCUCUCCACUACUCACUGCGCCACCCUCCGCGGUGGUCAUGCGCCACUUGUGCUGAAAAGCUUAGUUGAAUAAGCCUUUGCCGGCUUUCCGUAUGGCUUCAUACAAACGACGCGUAUCUAGAUACCCGCUCGAUCCGUAUGUAGUAUAUAGGUCUUGACCGCCCAGCUGUGCUGAAUCUGCAACCUCCAUACCAUCUACGUCAAAAGCAUCAUACUACAUUCUAUUAAGCUGCAGCCACAUACAUCAAGCAAUACAACGAUCACAACCCAAUCACGAUACAGCAUGCCACUUACCUCAUUUCGAGAUGCCAUCGGGCACGUUGAGAAUGCCUUAUACAUGAUGAAAGGGAAGAGAAACAAUGACCAGAGUGACGGCAUGGCGUAUGGCAACAACUACUACCCACAAUACCACAACUCAGCGCCCAUCCCUCCUCAACAUCCUCCCCCUCCACAGAACUACGGACAGCCUCCUUAUUCACCACCAAAUGGCUGGUCACAGCAUUGGGAUCACAACAGUCAACGGUAUUACUACAUCGAACAAGCCACCGGUCGCUCGCAGUGGGAGCCACCAGCACAGCAGUUCCACCAGCCCCCCAGGCCGACAUCAUCACACCAGCAACGAUAUUCGGGCGAGCAGAUGCGAGGCAACAACUCUGGAGAGUACAACGCACAACAUCUGAGGCCGCAUAGCAAUUCGAACGCUUCGCAGAUGUCGAGGACUGGUAGCCCGUUGCCAAGAGCUAUGUCCAUUCCGCCUGGCUAUUCGCUGGAUACGAAGACUGGGCAGCUCGUCAAUACUAUGCUGCCGCCUGCGGGCCAUCAUAGUGCGCCUGUUAAGUAUUGGUGAAUGUAGGGGGAAUGGCUAUUGGGGAAGUGCUGAGGCUGCCCGCUGCAUAAAGAGUAACUCCUGUUCAGUGUAUUGCUCUAUUUAAUAUAGUAGGAGGAGGGUUUCAACGGUCUCUAUCAGUUGUGAAAACUCCUCUAUCCGGCC